CGUCCAUUCGCACGCCGCACCUCUUCACAGCAGACCUCACUCUCAGAUUCACAAGCAGCGGCAUCUCCAUCACCGCCGCCGUCGCCGCCGCCGCCCUCGCCUCCUCCCGUCCCCGUGCACGCCCACGGUCUCGCCGUCCCUGCGCCUCCCUCCCCGCGGCCCGGUCCUUCUUCCUAGCUCCGGAAAUGGGUCUCCUCAGCAUCAUCAGAAAAAUCAAGCGCAAGGAAAAGGAGAUGCGUAUUCUCAUGGUCGGCCUGGACAACUCGGGUAAGACGACAAUUGUGCUCAAGAUAAAUGGGGAGGACACCAGUGUCAUCAGCCCUACUCUUGGCUUUAAUAUCAAAACCAUCCAGUACCAAAAGUACUCGCUCAACAUAUGGGAUGUCGGGGGCCAGAAGACCAUCCGUUCGUAUUGGAGGAACUACUUCGAGCAGACUGACGGUCUAGUUUGGGUGGUGGAUAGUUCCGACGUCCGGAGGCUCGACGAUUGCCGUGCUGAGCUCCACAAUCUUUUGAAAGAAGAGAGACUGGCUGGAUCGUCGCUGUUAGUUUUCGCAAAUAAGCAGGACAUUCAGGGCGCUUUGAAGCCUGACGAAAUCGCCAAUGUUCUGAAUCUUGAAGUGAUGAACAAGGACCGGCACUGGAAGAUCGUCGGGUGCAGCGCCUACACCGGCGACGGCCUGCUCCAGGGCUUCGACUGGCUGGUCCAGGACAUCGCCUCCCGCAUCUACGUCCUCGACUGAUCUCAAACAUCCACCCAACUCCGGGCAUUUUAGCCCGUAUGAACUACUGUUUUUUUUUUGGUUACACAGCCAUAAGGGCAUGCUGCUGCUGAUGUUGAUUCUGCUUUGUGCAUCUCGUGUACUAAUAUGUAUGUAAAAUCUGAUGAUCAAGUUUGAACCAAACCAUAGAUGAUGUCAUUUUUGUUGUGCAACUCCAUGUGUAAAGUACAAGUUUUGCAUCCUACAUGCACGGAACAUCAGAAUCACUGAAGAUAUUUCGCACUUGCUUGCAGAUAAGCUCUGUAGAUGCGCAAAUCACAUCAACCCCCGUAUCCGGGCCCUGACUUGCGUGAAAAAACUUUGCAGCAAGUUAAAGAUAUUACAUAUUUUGCCAUCGACUUUUUGCCACUCCUUCCAGAUUAGCUCUGCAGGGUUCUGAACGGGAUUCAUCAAUUUCAUGCGAAAAACUCCGAAUUCGCAGAAGGCUUGCGAAAGAUGCAAGAUUCAGAAGCAAAGACAAAUAAAAGAAACAAUGGCAACCAGGACACAACACACAGAGGAGGAUAUUUUUCGCAGCUAUGACUUGCAUUUUUCUUCAUCGAUUCAAACCGAGUUCAAACAUAGGAUCACCAACAUCACAUCCCAAUUACAGUCCAAGACAGGAAGAGGGAUUGCUGCAUCACCGACGACAGACCGACCGACUGAAAGAUAAGACAUGUUGUUUCUUCCUCGCGUAACACAGAGACCACUCGAGCUCGCGAUCAAAAA